CUAGGACUGAGUCAUUCGGUUGUAAACCACCAGUUCAAAAUGUUAUUCAAAGCAACUCCGGAGUUUGCGUUGAAGUUUACUAAACUUAUAGCAUUGUUAGGUACGUCAUGGCCGAAUUAUGAAGGAGCACCAAAAUGGAAGCUUGUGGUUUUUCAAAUAAGAUGGUGGUCGACGUUUUUUCUCGCGAUAACUGCUUGCUUGACGAUGUGCUACGCAGCAUGCAAUCAGUAUCAAAAUAUAUUAAACUUGACAAAAUCGCUAUUCGAUAUUUCUAACACCAGUCAAACGUUUGUGAAAAUGUUCUUCUGCAAAGUACAUUACAAAAGAAUGCAGUACUUGCUGUGCGAUAUGGAAAAGUAUGUAACGAAGGCAAAACCUCACGAAAGGGAUUUAUUUAUCAAGUAUAUAAAACGCUGUGGAAAAUUACACUUGACUGUAAUGGGAAGCGGGUUGUUGAUAAUUCAUAUUAUAAUACUGGCACCUAUUGCGUUACCGCAGCCAUUUCCGAACAUCGCAGAAUAUCCGUUUCCGAUAGACGGUCAUCCUACUUACGAACUCCUUUAUUUGCAUCAAAGCUGUGCGACUAUUCAUUGUCUUUCUAUUCCGGCAUUCGAUUGCCAAAUUGCGAUGCUGCUGUGGUACGCGGGUGCGAGACUUGAGCUUUUGAGUGAAGAAUGCAAAACAAUUACCGACAACAAGCAAUUUGUUGAGUGUAUUAAGCAACAUCAGUAUUUAUUAUGGUACAUUCAAGAAAUUACAACCAGUAGCCGUCAUAUUCUCGCAACAACUGGAUGCACUUGCAUACUAACCGCGAUUUCCAGCGGAGUUCAUAUUGUUUCAAACGAACCAGUGGCUUUCAAGGUUCCAUUCAUGAUUUCCUGGGUAAUAGUGUCUUCAACACUCUACAUCACUUCAUGGCCAGCGGAAAAUGUACUGCAGAUGUGCGAACAAGUUGGCAUGGCGCUAUAUGAGUCACCGUGGGUUCAAAAUUCAAAGGAAUUGAAUAGCAGUAUUCUGUUUGUGAUACAGAGAUCGCAAAAACCAUCGACUAUUGAAGUCCCUGGGAUACUUCCCGUCCUCUCGUUACGUUACUUUGCCAUGUUUUUAUCAAGAACUUUUUCAUACUUCACAACUCUACGAGUUCUUCUCGACAAAAUAGAUCUAGACAUGGAGAUUCCUGCAGAGGAUUAAAUUUCACUCCACAUAUAUUCAAUAUAUAAAAACUACGACCAUAAAUAUACACUGUAGUCAUAUAUUAUCUAUUAAUGAUACUGAAGUUAGCAGACGUCUAAUAAUUUUUUGACUUUUUUUUAGACGAUAAACCAAAAGAAAAAAAAUAUUUGAAAACAUUGCACCUGUAGUUUUUAAAAUUUUCUACAUGUGCAUAUUUUUAGUUUUUUUUUCUGUUCAAAUUUAAUUGUUCAAAAUAAAAUCUAAAAAUUUUGAAUUGUCUGCUAACUUCAGGAUCAUUAUCUAUUAAUUAUAGUUUUAAUAAACUA